GUCCACCAUGUCCAUGCAUGGGGUAACCCCCCAUUGAUAUAUGAGAAUUACUUAAUGUCCAUUUCAUGAAAAGUGUCAUGACAACGUUAUUUAAACAAACUAAAGAACCCCUUUCGUAUUUAGUUUCAGUAAAACCGAAGAUAUGACAACAUUUGAAAACAAGUGAAGUGUUUCCGGGUCAAUUGUUUAGCCACUAGCAGACGUGGCCUUGCACGUUCGGCGUAAAGUGCAUCAAUCACAAAUCGUCAGCUGCAAUUUAAUUGGUUUCAACAAUUGUAGGAUUAAAAAUCAUAAUAGUAGUGUGUACAAUGUGUAGCGUGGUGUAAAAGGUGCAAAGUUAAGGGCGUUAUUAGCGCAGUGGAGCCUGUUUGCUUAGGCCGCGCCGCCCCGUCGCCAUGGAAACGUCGCAGCUGUUUGCCGCUCGCAGCGUGGAACCUUUAGCGUUACAAUAAGUUACUCUUCAUCUUCUUGUUGAAUUCAAACAUAAAUACACGGACACGUCAGCGAUUAAGCUCUCUAUUACAAGUGAACGUUAGCCAUGGGCAGUCGAAAGAACAGCGUGGCUUCCAUUUCAAGUCGCAAGUCAGAUGCCAUUGUCAAAAGGUCAGAAGUCAUCGAUAGGUCAGAUGUUGGUGAAAAGUCAGAACUGAAUGGAAGGGCAGGAGAGGAGGAGUUCUACCGGCAGUGUAGAGCCGCCUACCUGAUGGUGUGCAAGAGCACGCUGGAGAAGAUAACCACUCGUCAGCAGCUUUGUCAAGUUCUGCAGCAUGCUGGGAGGAGCCCGUCCCGCCGUGCGCUGGAACAAUACUUCCCGGUGUCGAUGUCGGCGCUGGACUUUGAGGACGUGUGCGAGGUGGCACGGCAGGAGAGGCCCGUGGCACGUGAGGAGCUGCUCGCUGCUUUUCGCAAGAUCGACCGCAACAGCGACGGCUUCCUCACGCUCGACGAGCUCCGGCGGGUGCUCACCACGAGAGGGGAGCGGAUGACUUUGAAGGAGCUACAAGGAGUGUUUGAAGAUGCCGAUGUUAACCGUGAUGGAAAGCUGGAUUAUGCAGAGUUUUGCCGGAUGGUGUUGGAAACCGCUCGGCAGUGUGAGCGGAUGGCGCUGGAGCGACUAGAAGCGGACGGCAGGGGUAGAGUGUGGCAACUGGGCAGCCAAGCAACGGAGAGGGGCAUCGCGUCACGCACAGGCAAGAGCGAAGCCUCGCCCCGAGCGUCGCCACGUGUCACCCCGCAGCCAGCCAUGCGGGCAGCCUCCAGGCCAUCAUCGUCGGGGCGUGAUCGCCGACCCUCCGUGUCCUCUGUGGUCAGCGUCUCAGCUGGCAAUGCACGUGGAAAGCUUCCCGAGCCGAAGAACCUUAAGGACUGGAAACACAUCCGCAGCAAGGGUUGCUUCUUCGUGGAGGAGGAUGGCAGCUUGGUGAGCCAUCACUACCGUCUGGAGCUGACACAGCCAACCAGUGUUUACAUCACCGUGCAGCCUCUAGACCUGAGCCCAGAGGAUGGCCCAAGGUCUACCUGGUUUGGUGUGGACACAGCUGUGUUCAUACUGCGAGAUAACGGUGACUCUGCUAACGCGAAGGAUCUGGUCAGCUUUACCGAGCUUUGUCACAAGGAGACGUUUGCCUGGCGCGGGGACCUUCAGAAAGGCUCCUACCUCCUUGUGCCCUUCACCACGGGCUGUCGCCUGCGUAAGCGGAGUAGCACUGCCGCCACCGCCAGCAAGAGCACCGCCCUCAUCACGACAGCUGAGAACGGGGAACUGGAGCUCACGCGCCAGUUCCGGACAAUCCUGUCGGAUAUCUUCGAGAUCAUAGAUCUGGACGGGAACGGGCUGCUCAGCCUGGAGGAGUACAACCUGUUUGAGUUGCGCACCAGCGGGGAGGAGUGCGAUUCCAGCGCCUGGGAGGUGUGCAAAGCCAACUUCGACAUGAAGAGAAACGAGCUGACCCGCCAGGGCUUCCUGGAUCUCACGCUCAUGGAGGCCAGGGACCAGGGUGGCGACCCUAGAGAUUUGUGGGUCACCUUGGAGGCCAUGGGAUACAACCGGGAUCUGCAUCUGGAUGAGGCGUGCCCGCUGGUGCUGGAUGUGUUCGCGGAGGAGGUGCGCCCACGGCUAAGCGCUCUGCCCGUGGAGGCGCUGGGCUGGCGCCUCACCCGUGCCGUCUGCGAGGCCACGGCGGGCAAGGGGGAGGCGCGGGCGCUGGACGCCAGCGAGAGCAUCGUGGUGCACGUGCAUCGCAGCGAGAGCCGUGUCACCACCGUGCUGCAGAACAAGCGCGACAUCAAAGUUGUGGUGCGCGUCGAUUGCUCCCAGAGCAAGAACUGCGUAAGCAGUCGCGGCAUGGACGUGUUCGCCGUUGAAGUCCCUCCCCACACUACAGUGAUCGGGCACCAUGUGAUGCCCAUGAACGAGCGACACGACUGGGUAUACAACUGCACGGAGACUCUGCUGACCUGAAGCACAGAACGCUCAUCGUCCCUCCUCUGAUUCUUUCUGGGAUUCUUCCCACUCAUGUGGGAGUCUGUCUUCCUGAUCCUUUUUCUCGAUCCCUUCCUAUUCCUGCACCAUCUCCAAAUCCACUCUGCAGUCCUUUAUUUGUCGGUUUACCACUUUGAAAACUAACACUAAACUCACAUUUUUUUACCAGGUAAGGCCCACUGAGCUAUAUAGCCCACAAAUGAUAGCUGAACAAAGUGGCUUAUCACGUGGAAAUUUAUAGUAGCCAUAUACUCUUAAGCACGUUUCUAAAUGUGGAGGGAAAAACCGGACGACCUGGUGAAAAAUCCACGUAACCAUGGGAGGAAAUGCAUACUCCCAUGUAUAUAGGCGUCUAAGAGUCGGGAUCGAACCCACAACCUGUAUACCAGCCGAGGUUGUUAACAUCUUGCCACCGUGAGAUGCUAGAGGGAGCCACCUCUCUCUAGCCCUGCCUCGGUAUGUGCGCUGGUGUUUCCACGUUCAUUGCGUUUCUCCCUAUGUGGGUUUCCUUUCCACUCGUGGCACGUCUUAGCCAUCCGAGUUGCCUUUCAGCUUGUCCGACUGAGAUGGACACCACUCUUGCCUUCUUCCUGGUACCUUAAUUUCUGACCCGAUCCCGUCAUGUGAUCACCGAUUCCAUCUCGUCGUCAUUAUUUGUCAUCUGAAGCGAGCCUACCGCUCUAUGGCCUCUAAAGUGGCAUCUUUCAUUCAUACUCAUUCAGUGUUGUGUGAUGCGGCUUGUGAUUUAACCGUUGAUUUUGGUUUGUGUUUGAAUGGGAUUGGUGGCACUGGGGGUAGUGUUAUUGUUAUGUUUUAAUAAUUUGAAUGCUUAGUGGUGGUGGUGUCUUUAUAUCUUAUAUCAUCAUGGAUAAAUGAAGGUAUAAAUGUGUUCACUUAUUUGUUUACAAAUAUGUUUUUUGGCUACAAAAUUGUAGUUUAAUUUACCUUGCUGGAUCUUAAUGCACAUUUCUAAACGUUGCCAUAUCUUCCCCAAAAGCGCACGCACACAUUGUUACAAUCCCUGUUGUUAAUGGUGGAACGAUUUAGGCAUUCAUGUACCAAUCAGUUUUAGUGUGCCAGUCAGUUGCCUUUGAAUGUUGUACAAUCUUGAAAACGCAGUUCAAGCCUAAACAUUCCACAUACGAAUGUGCAAAUGUAAUUAUUAACUCUUGACACAUGCCUGUUAUAUUUCGAAUUGCUAUGUAUCCAGGUGAUUAGUUAAUGUGAGCUAUUCUGGCCUUGCAGUGAUUCUCGGUCUGCCCACCCUUUUGCAGCCAAGGAACAAACCAUUCAUGCCUGCGAUUAUAACAGCUGUGUAUUUUUGGAAGAAAAAAAACCAUUACAAAUA